AUGAAGCACCAGCUCCAGUACCUGGGCAGCUGUUUUGCCUUCUUCUCUGCCGGCUUCCUGAUCGCCGCGACCUGGACCGACUGCUGGAUGGUGAACACGGAUGACUCUCUGGAGCUGACCGCAACCUGCCGCGGCCUCUGGUGGGAGUGCGUCACCAACGCGUUCGACGGCAUCACCACCUGCGACGAGUACGACUCCAUCCUGGCCGAGCACCCAGUGAAGCUGGUGCUGACCCGGGCGAUGCUGAUCACGGCCGACAUCCUGGCCGGCUUCGGGUUCACCCUCCUCCUCCUGGGCCUUGACUGCGUGAAAUUCCUGACGGAGGAACCAGGCAUCAAGACCCGCGCCUGCUUCAUCUCCGGAUUAGCUCUCUUGGCUGCAGGGGUCCCUGGGCUCAUCGGCUCCACCUGGUACGCCGUCGGGGUCUACGUGGAGCGCUCCGCGCUGGUCCUGCACAACGUCUUCGUGGGCAUCCAGUACACGUUCGGCUGGUCGUGCUGGCUGGGCCUGAGCGGGUCCCUGGGGUGCCUCUUGUCUGGCGCUCUGCUCACCUGCUGCAUGCACCUCUUCAGAGGUGGCAGCUCGGGCAGAUGCCUCCCCGCCAGCCACUUCCAGAAGGACUAUUCCCUGCCUGGGGUGACCAACCUGCACUGCUCCUCCUCCCAGACGGCCACAGCCAAAAUGUAUGCAGUGGACACCAGGGUGUGA